ACCGCCCACCGGCCUGUUUCCUCGUCGUCAUCGCUGUUGUCUCUGUUAAAGCCGACCGACCGCACUUCUUCAACUGCCUCUAAAAUUACAGUAACAUGGUGUACUUCUAAGAGGACUCUCCCGUGUCAAAUAUGGAUUAACGAGGGACUAAUAAACCAGUGAAGGACCACCUGUGCCGGGGGAGGGAAAUGCAGGACGAAAGCGGCAAAGCAGCACUCGGGAGCCCCGCAGUAGCAAGUGCAACCACAGCGCAGAAUUCAGAACACUUAAACGGGCAUACUGUUCCUCAAAAUGGCCACAACACAACAACUACGCCUGCACUGCAGCCACAAUGUGACUCCCGAGCCCCGAGUCCUGCACCCACUACAGUUCCCAUUAUCCCAAGGGAGCAGUGGGGAGGGAAGUACGAGUUCCUGCUCUCCUGUAUCGGAUACUGUGUGGGACUGGGGAACGUGUGGCGGUUCCCGUACCUUUGCUAUCGCAAUGGAGGAGGUGUGUUUCUCAUCCCCUACUUCAUUAUGCUCUUUGUUACGGGUGUGCCACUGUUCCUCAUGGAGCUGAGUUUAGGCCAGUACGGAGCAGCCGGCCCCAUCACUGUGUGGAAAUGCUGCCCUCUGCUCAAAGGUAUUGGCAUCGGGAUGCUCUGUGUGUCCAUCCUGGUGUGUCUCUACUAUAACGUCAUUAUAGCGUGGACGUUUUACUACCUGGGCAGCUCGUUCCAGAGCCCUCUGCCGUGGUCCUGUGACGCUGUAGCCAACAUAGGUCUCUGUGGAAACAACACCACCAAUAGCUCUGAUAAAGGCCUCAGCCCUACAGAAAAGUUCUGGAAUGAGCGUGUGUUGGGUGUAGUAAAUAGUGAGGGCCUCCACAACCCCGGCCCCGUCCGGUGGCCCCUAGCCCUGUGCCUCCUGGCUGCCUGGAUCAUCAUCUUUCUGUGUAUGCUCAAGGGCAUCCGCAGCUCUGGCAAGGUGGUUUAUGUGACAGCUACCUUCCCAUACCUUGUGCUCAUUGUUUUGAUCAUCAGAGGUGCUACACUGGAGGGCUCUCUUCAGGGCAUUGCUUUCUACCUCACACCAGACUGGAGCCGAUUAGCUAAUGCACAGGUGUGGAAUGACGCAGCCUCUCAGGUCUUCUACUCUUUAGGUAUUGGAGUUGGAGGGCUUCUUUCAAUGGCCUCUUACAAUAAGUUUGACAACAAUGUCAUCAGGGACACUUUGAUUAUCACCACAGGAAACUGCAGCACCAGCUUCUUCGCAGGAUUUGCUAUAUUCUCAAUCCUGGGUCACAUGGCAUGGAAGAAGGGAGUGCCUGUUGGAGAGGUGGCCGAUUCAGGUCCAGGGUUGGCCUUCGUUGCUUACCCAGAAGCCCUUGCUCUGCUGCCAGGCUCUGUCUUCUGGUCCGUUAUGUUCUUCCUCAUGCUCUUUAUGCUGGGGGUCGAUACGCUGUUUGGCAACAUGGAGGGCAUCACCACGGCCGUGAUGGAUGAGUUUCCGCACCUCAGAACAAACCAGCUGCACAAGUCCUUGUUCUUGGGCGCUCUGUGUUUUUCCUUCUACCUGAUGGGUCUCCUGUUAGUGACUGAUGGAGGGAUUUACUGGUUCACUCUCAUUGACUCCUUCAGCACUAGUUUCGGCCUCAUCAUCAUCACCCUCUUCAUGUGCAUUGGCAUUUCCUUCUUCUACGGAGUGAACCAGUUUUGUCAGGACAUUAUUGAUAUGAUCCAACACUGCCCCUCCUGGUGCACCAAAGUGCUGUUCUACUUCAAAGCAUGCUGGGUCUUCUGCACUCCAUUUCUCCUGCUGUUAAUCCUGACCUACAUCUUCAUUGAGAUGUACAACACAUCACUCCACUACGGCUCCUAUGUGUAUCCACGGUGGGGUAAAGCGCUGGGCGUGUGCAUGGGAGCGACCUGCUGUAUGCAGAUCCCCAUCUGGGCCAUUGUGGCCAUCUGCAAGGAAACUGGAACACUGAAAGACCGUUUCCAGAAAUCGAUCCAACCUCUAAAUUCCUGGAGGGUAAACAAUUUGAACAGCACCGAUAGAGUAGAGGAGCACAUGGACCCCGAGAGGGUGGAGGCUCCGUUCACCGUCACGCUCACGGACAUGGACUUUACUGCGAUGAGGUGGGAGACGGGAAGCCAGGCGUGACAGCAAUGAUAAACGCUGAGUGAUGAGCAAACUACGUUGGCAAGAGACAGAGGAAUUUAUUAUUGUUUGUUGUGUAUGUUUUUCGCCCCAGCUAGGCUCUGGUGGCUGCGUCUGAACAGACUGUUGUCCUGCAGGGCAGUGUGGAUUAUUUAUACCGUUAUAUAUGUUUGAAUUGUAUUUUCAAACUCUUUUUUUGAACAUUUUAUAGAAAGUAAGGUUGCAGCUUAUGGGACUCUACCAGGACUCUUGGAUGAUGAUGAUAUUGCAGGGUAUCUGCUGAUUUAAUUUAUUAUCAUAGUAAUGUAGUGCAAUGAAAUGCUCACUGACAGCCGUCAGCAGCAGCUGAGGGACCAGAUCUAACUUAUCAUGUACAAGGACGAGAAACAAAAAAGUGCAUCCACUCUUGACUGUUACCUUCAACAACCGCUGGAGCUGGAGAGUUGACCAUAAAUCAUCGGCCUGCCAGAAUAAAUACCGCACCGAGUCAGGAAUACUUUUAAUCCGUUUAACUUUUUAAAACGAAUGCUUGCUAGAAUUACCGCUACAACAAAUAAAUACAUUUAAAAAAGAUAUCUUGCCAAAUGAACUGUUAAGUACUGUCCAUGUGUCUGACCAUCUGCAUUUCUAAUUGCCUAAGUUCCUGCAGAAAAUGUAGCAAUCAGUUCAAUUGUUGCUCAGAAUCCAUUGAUAUUAUCACAUUUACAACUAUUCUACACUGGUAUUGUAUACAGGUUUUUAAGUGGGACUAACUAACUAUCCUUGUUAACUUGACUGUAAGUUUAUGAGUCAGUGGGUAUCUACACACUUAGUUUUUUUAUGUUUACUGAAACUUGGCUUUGACAGUUCUUCAUUGUAGAUUACCCCUCUGCUAUUUAUUAGCAGACAGAUGAUAUAUGACUUAAGGAGUUAAAUCAUAUAUCAUCUGUUAAAUGUAUUAUCUUGAAAGGCACUUACAGUUUAAAUGUAUUUCCCCCUUGAGAACAUGAUUAUUGUCAUUUCAUCAAUUUUGCUUCACAACUUUCUGAGGGCGCAAAGUUACACUGAUUUGAGGUUCUGUUUAGAGAAGACUUUUUAAAUGUUAUUUAUUGGCAAAUUGGCCACACUGCUUAAUUUAUAAAUGUUAUUGGGAAAUUAUUUUACAAAUAUUUUUUUACUAGACAUUUGUUUUUAGAUGAGCCCAAUGAUAAAGUAUUAAACUUGGGAAAUAAUAUGAAGAAUCACAAAAGGAUCUCACCGAGGUGAGAAAGUUAAUCCUUAAUCUUUUAAAGUGGCUGACUGAAACUGAUUGACCCAGAUAAAUACAUUUGUUAACCAUCUCUUACAGAGAAGUGACAUUUUGAUAUAGUCUUGAAUGUCUAAAGAUUUAAUUCCCCACCGUUUUUCAGGCUGUUACUAAAACUGUUUUAAAGGUCUCUUUUGUGUCCUGUUGCAAAUUAAGCAGAUAAUGACAUAAAAGAAACCAGCCACCUCUGCAAUAUCUGCAUUUUUAAAAUACUGUCACAUUACAUUUUUGUGUAUUUAUAAUAUGGGAAAUAGUUUUCUCUCUCAAAGCCUCUUUCAAGCGGGAUCGUUAUUUUACUUUUUUUUUUAUCAAGAACUGUUUCAGGAUUGUAUGUCAUGAAAACAUGAAACUCCUCUAAUUUUAACAAAUAUGUUUGCCUUUGUACACCGCGUUGCCAUUUUCUUGCAUAUUGCUCUGCACAGUGAUUAAAUAUUCUUGUUGUCUUCA